UCAGGAAAAAAUGUUGUUGGCCAGCUUUACAUUGAUUGCAAUUUACUCUGCUUUUUUGCUUGUCCCAGUAUUGUUUUUGGCUUUUUUAAUUCGUGGUUUUGCUUUCCGUCUUUAAAAAAUUAUUUCAAUUAAUUAGAAAAUUAAAAAAAAUAUUUUUUAUUAAAAAUUAUAAUUUUAUUUUUCCUUUCAACAACCAAACAAAUUUAUUUUAUUUAAAUUUUACAGAAAAGAUGUUUUCAUUUGAACGUUUUAUGGGUCUAGGUGAAGCUGCUUCUUCCUUUUCUGUUCAAUUAAGAUGCUUCUCUCCCCCAUUUUUUCAAAAUUAUGACACCCAAAAGAUUAAUGAAAUAACUUAUGGAGGAAAGAUACUUUUACCAACCUCUUGUUUGGAUAAUUUGGUCCGUCGAAAUAUUCAGUGGCCGAUGCUGUUUAAAUUGACUAAUAUAAAUCCUGAACAUCAAAAAUCGACUCAUGCUGGUGUUUUGGAAUUUUUAGCGGAAGAGGGAAGAUGCUAUUUGCCUUCAUGGAUGAUGAAUCAAUUAUGUCUUAUGGAAGGAGAUUUAAUUUUAGUUGAAUACAGAUCACUCCCAGCUGCUACCUAUGCAAAGUUCAAACCAAUGUCGACCGACUUUUACCACGUUUCGAAUCCUAAAGCCAUGCUAGAGGUUGAACUUCGCAAAUUUGCUUGUCUCACAAAAGGGGAUAUAAUUGCUGUUCGGUACAAUGAACAAGUAUUCGAAUUCAAAGUAAUGUCUCUCAAACCACAAAAUGCCGUAACAAUUAUUGAAUGUGAUAUAAAUAUUGAAUUUGACGCCGCUGAGGGUUACGUUGAACCGGAACAACAAAAAGAAACUUUUCCUAUAACAGAAAAUAUUUUGGGAGGAGAAGCUAAGGUUAUUUUUUAA